AGUCGCAAAAUUCGCCAAACAUAAAACAGAGAGAAAGGUCUUGUCAUCAUCUUACUUCUUCCAGUCAAUAACACUUCUUUCUUAUUCUCGUCCAAAUCUAAACCUACCAAGCAGGAUAGCACCAGUAACAGAAAUACCCAAAACACACGCAGAUACUCAUUACUUACACACACUUUUUAAUACUUUACACCAUUCCUCGCUUAAAACCCCAGUAAAACCCUCCCCCAAAUUAUAUUUUAAUAAUGUCUAAUGCGGUGACACGAACUCACCCUGGGGACCGCUUCUAUAACCCGCCGGCGGUGAGGCGCCACCACCACCACCAGAUGUUGUUGCAGAAACAACUUCAUAGGACGUUGAAUUGUGAACACAAAAUCAACUCAAUAGAGUUUCAGACUCGUGUCGAGUCGGACGAGACGACAUUGUGUAUGUCUAACUCGGGGACGGCUGCUCCUACUACUAAGUUUAAUCUGACCAAUUUAGAUAGCCUUGUGGAAUCGGUUACUCCUGUUGUUCCUGCUCAUUAUUUUGACAAGGCAAGAUUGCAGGGUCGAAGUGCUCGUGAAGCUGAUAUGCAGCCAUUCUUUUACCUUGGGGAUCUGUGGGAAUCAUUCAAAGAGUGGAGUGUAUAUGGAGUGGUAGUGCCUCUAAUAUUAAGUGGGAGUGAAACUGUUAAACAAUACUAUGUCCCAUCCUUGUCAGGCAUACAAUUGUAUAUGGACCCAAAUAGGUUGAGGAGGGAUGGUGAUGAUGGUGAUGCUAGGUCUUCGAGGGAGACAAGUAGUGCUGGUAGCAGUGACUGUGAAGCAGAACAGUGGGCUAAAACUGGCGUUGAUGGAGUGUGGGGUCUAGACAAUCUCAAGAACCUAAACUCACAAGGAUUGCAAAGACUUUCAUUGAGGGAUAAAGCUCUUAAUUGUUCAUUCAACAAUGAAACUCAGAUUUCCAGCUCACAUGGGCUGCUUGUUUAUGAGUAUUUGGAACAGGAACAACCACAUCAUCGGAAGCCUUUAUAUGAUAAGGUUUCAACUCUUGCAUCUGAAUUUCCAGAGAUCAAAACUCUUAGGAGCUGUGAUUUAUUGCCUGCAAGUUGGGUUUCUGUGGCUUGGUAUCCAAUAUAUAGAAUACCAAUGGGUCCAACGCUACAAAAUCUGGAUGCAUCUUUUUUGACCUUCCAUUCAUUAACCUCACAUGCUAGAAGUACAUUUCUCUCGCCCUGUUGUGUCUCAAAUUUCGAUGAGUUGAUAGCAUUACAUAAGUCUAGCUUCCAUUCAUGCAUCUUUUUUGUGACAGCUGUAGGCAAGAAUCAAGGACAAUUUGACGCACCGAGUGGUAGAAAUGCCUAUGACAUGGUUGCUUCUUCCAAGAUUAGUCUACCUGUUUUUGGCCUUGCUUCCUAUAAGCUGCGAGGUUCAAUUUUAACUCCGAGUGGAGUCCAUGAAUGGCAGCAAGCAAAUUAUCUUUUGCAAGCUGCUGACGAUUGGCUCCGACAUUUGGAUGUUAAUCUUCCUGAUUUCCAAUUUUUUGUUUCACACAAUUCACGAUGGUGAUAAUAGGGAUGGGAUGUAGGCGGAGAAAGAGAAGUUUCAAGGUGAAAUGCCUUUGCAUAAAAAUCUUCCUCUCAUGCCAAACAGCUUAAUCUUUGCUGUUUGUAAGUUCUCAUCCCAAUGGUGGCGGCUUCCAUUGUUAAAGAAAGGAAAAAGGAGAAAUAUAAUUUGGCACUUGCUUAUUUUUUGCUGCAUGGGAACCUUCAUUGAUUUAUAAUCUGGGCAUAUUGGUAAAUCACUGACCGUGCCUCCUAGUUUGAUUCAUGUGGUUUCUUCCUAAAACUUUUGGCAUUGCUUACAGGAAAUAUGAACUCUGUUUGCCGACCUACGCUUUGUGCCAGUGGUUCUGAGCACAUGGCAUCUCCUAAUUUAUCAGGUUUAUUUUAUAUAUUAUUUUGAAUUAGUUGUAUAGCUCUUCAGGAAUUAAAUUUUGCCCUAGACUAUAGCAAUUAAGAUAAUCUUACUGCAAUGAAGAAGGGAAUAUUUAUCCAUUCAAAACCUUUCUUUAAUGUUUCAUCUCCAGGAGCAAUGUACUUUUGUCACUUGUUAUCAAUGGUUACCACUUGUUUGAGUAA